AGAGGAACUCGGCCGCACACACUCGGGCAUGUGCUGGAGGCAGAAGGAGUGUCGUUCUCGCUCGUUCUGCAAAGGAGAGGAUCGCUGGGCAACUUUUUUGGGAGGGUGCGCUGGGACAGCCUGGCUGGGUGACGGUGCCUGUGCGCUCGCUUGCCUGCCUGCCUUCCGGCUGCAGAGAGGGACCUGAGGAAGGGCAGCGCGCUCGGACGGAUUUCUAGCCCGCAGAGGAGGAGUGUGUGCGGCGGCGGAGAGAAGGGGGGGUCGGAAGGAGCUGCUCUUGUUUGAGUCGCUUGGGGGUGAUCCUGCCUGCUGUUUUCUCAGUAAAUGGAAUCCGCAAUGCAGAGGAGUAAUCCCGUGGGGCCAAACUGUGCUGCAUAAGACUCUCUCGACUCCAGUUGAAUCCUUCCGGCAAGACACGAGCCAAUGAGAUCUCCUCUUCGACCAAAACUUUCCUUUCCUUUUGGGGAAAAAAAGCAUCAUUGCUGCUUUAGCAGCCAUGGAAGUCCCUCCCUUUUUCUCGCCGCGUGAUCCGGUUCCUCACGGAGUUGUCCAUGUCCCAGAACCAGUCAUGAGUACCGGCUGCGAACCUGGGCAGAACCCUUUUGAGGGUGGUGGUGGAGGAGGAGGUGGUAAUGGAGGUGGCAGAACCCCCCGGAGAGCCAGACCCCAGCGAGGGGGGGAAGCCCAGGGCCAAGCCAGUGACGACAUGGAUGUCAACAGCAACGGCUCCAGCGGCAAUGAGUCGCAUGGCGACUCCCACAGCAGUUCCCGCAGCAGCAGAAAUGGCAAAGACUCGGCCCUGCUGGAAACCACCGAAAGCAACAAGAGCUCCAACUCCCAGACCCCGUCUCCUCCGAGCAGCUCGGUUGCCUACAGCCUUCUUAGCGAAAGUUCUGAGCAGGACAACCCCUCGACCAGCGGCUGCAGCAGCGAACAGUCUGCCCGCUUGAAGACCCAAAAAGAGCUGAUGAAGGCCCUGAAGGAGAUGAAGAUCCGGCUGCCCUCCGAGAAACGGAGCAAGGGGAAGUCGGGGACUCUGGCUACCCUUCAGUAUGCCCUGUCCUGUAUGAAACAGGUCCAAGCCAGCCACGAUUACUACCAGCAGUGGACCAUUGACGACAGCCAGCCCUGCAAUCUGGACAUGUCUACGUACACAAUUGAGGAGCUGGAAAACGUCACCUCGGAGUACACCCUCAAAAACCCUGAUACAUUUGUGGUGGCUGUCUCUUUCACCACGGGGAAGAUCAUCUACAUCUCGGACCAGGCAGCCUUCAUCCUGCGUUGCAAGAAGGAGGUCUUCAAGGGGGCCAAGUUUGCAGAGUUCCUGGCGCCGCAAGAUGUCAGCAUCUUCUACGGAUCCACAGCGCCAUACCACUUGCCCUCCUGGAGCACCUGCACCUCUACCAUAGCUGCCGCUGCCAUGGAUUACACCCAAGAGAAAUCCGUCUUCUGUCGUAUCAGCGGAGGCUACGAGAGUGGGCGCGAGCUGCGCUACUACCCCUUUUGGCUCACACCGUACUUGACCAAAGUGUGUGACUUGGACAGCGCCGAAGGACAGCCCUGCUGCCUGCUCAUCGCUGAGCGCAUCCACUCGGGUUACGAAGCUCCCAGAAUCCCUCCUGAUAAGAGAAUUUUCACCACCAAACAUACUCCCAGCUGCUUGUUUCAGGAUGUGGAUGAGCGAGCUGCCCCUCUGCUCGGCUACCUCCCCCAGGACCUCAUUGGGACCCCCGUCCUUUUCUACUUGCACCCAGAGGACCGGCCUCUUAUGCUGGCUAUACACAAAAAGAUUCUGCAGUAUGGCAGCCAGCCCUUCGACCACUCACCCAUCCGCUUCUGCGCUCGCAACGGUGAAUACGUCACCAUUGACACCAGCUGGUCCAGCUUCGUCAACCCCUGGAGCCGCAAAGUCUCCUUCGUCAUGGGGAGGCAUAAAGUGCGGAUGGGCCCCCUCAACGAGGACGUCUUCACAGCCCCCAAAGUGCAGAAGGUGAAGCCCGUGGAACUGGACAUCCAGGAGCUGUCGGAGCAGAUCCACCAGCUCCUGCUACAGCCGGUGCACAGCAAUGGCUCUGUGGGCCUCUGUAGCAUGGGCAGCAACGCUUCCCACAAGCAGCUCCUGAGCAUCGCCUCAUCCAGCGACAGCAACGGCAUCCCCAAUGAGGAGGCCCAGGCCGUGCGGCCAAUGACGUUCCAGGAGAUCUGCAAGGACGUGCACAUGGUGAAGAACCAGGGCCAGCAGGUCUUCAUCGAAUCCCGAGUCAAACCCCAGCCUGCAAAGCAUGCCCGGCCAGUUGUGGAAGCGCCCGUCACUCGCAGCGUGCAGCCUCUGGAGACCCUGAGGGGCUUGGAGAGGAGGCCGGCAAAGGUCGCCACCUCUGAGGAAUCUGUCAGGAAGGAGCCCUCCAACUAUUCUUACCAGCAGAUCAACUGCCUGGAUGGCAUCAUAAGGUAUCUGGAGAGUUACAAUAUCCCAAGCCGUGUGAAGCGAAAAUGUGGCUCUUCCUCUUACACCACAUCCUCCAAUUCCGACGACGACAAGCAGAAAGCGGGCGAGGAGGUGGUCUCCCUAAGCAAAGAUGCUCCAGAGGAAAUGCCGCCAACCCCCCUGGAGAGCCAGCCCCAGAGGGAAGCGCCGGAGAUGGCGGCACCAGCUGCCGUGGUGGGAAACCCCAUCACUCCGCUGGCCUUGCCUAACAAAGCCGAGAGCGUGGUCUCCGUGACCAGUCAGUGUAGCUUCAGCAGUACCACCGUCCACGUGGGAGACAAGAAGCCCCCCGAGUCUGACAUUGCCACGAUGGAGGGGGCAGUGCCCAGUGCGACCCCCCCCGCCGCCCUUCCCAGCGUGACCCCCGACUGGGAGCAGCAGUACCGCAAGGUGGGGCUGACGAGGGAAGUCCUCUCCGUCCACACUCAGAAGGAGGAGCACGCCUUCCUCACCCGCUUCAAGGACCUCAGCCAGCUGCACAUCUUCGACUCUUCCUCUGGGCUGAGCCAGGCAGAGCGAGAGCCCAAAGGUCCUCCUCGCCAGACUGCCCGGGGCCGAGGGCGCAGCAGGAAGUCUAAGGCCAAGCGCAUCAAGCAGAACAAGUCCUUGGACAGCACCAGCUCCCCGCAGAGCGCCGCUUCCCUGCCCUGUGUGCCUCCGCCGGGCUCCUUCUCGUGGCCUCCCUCGGGCAGCUCCCAAGCCAGCAUCCCUGCCCUGCCUUACCCGGCCGUCUUGCCCACCUACCAGAUUCCCAGCUUUCCCCCUCGGCCAGCUGCACCCCCCAGCACCGAGCCCUCCCAGAGCACACUGGCUGCCGCCCGGUUCCCCACACCCCUGGUCAGCCCCAUGAUGGCGCUGGUCCUGCCCAACUACGUCUUCCCCCAGAUGAACAACCCUACCCCCCCGCAAUCCUACUUUCCCGCUGCCCCCGUCUUCCCCUUCAUCCCUCGGCCAGCGAACACGCCGACCCCCAUGCCCGAGGCAGGCAUGCAGGCGCCCUCACGCUCCUCCACCCCGCACUCUUUGAGCCAGCUUGAGCGGGCCGAGUCGCCGCUCUUCGAGUCGCGCUGCAGCUCCCCGCUGCAGCUCAACCUGCUGCAGAUGGAAGAGAUGCCCAAGUUUUGUGACCGCCAAGAGGCAACUGGCAGCAGCCAAGCAGGGCCAGCCGGGGCCACCACCAACUGGGCUGGCGUGACAACCGGACAGGGGCUGGCAAAGGAACUCAGCACUCAGAAAGAAACGUGUAUGGUGGAAGCUCACGACUCCUCCAACAAUGACGCUCUUUCCGGCUCGAGUGACCUCCUGGACCUGCUGUUGCAGGAGGACUCACGCUCCGGCACAGGCUCGGCGGCCUCCGGUAGCGGCUCGGCGGCCUCCGGUAGUGGCUCGGCGGUCUCUGGCUCCAUGGGCUCCGGCUCCAACGGGGGUAACACCUCCGCCAGCGGCACCACAAGCAGCAAAAGCACCAGCACCAGCAAAUACUUUGGCAGCAUCGACUCCUCCGAGAAUGACCUGCGAGGCAAGAAGCGCUCUGAGGUGGAAGACAACGAGCACUUCAUCAAGUACGUCCUGCAAGACCCCAUCUGGCUGCUGAUGGCCAAUACGGACGACAAGCUCAUGAUGACUUACCAGCUCCCGGACAGGGACAUGGAGACUGUGUUGCAAGCGGAUCGGGAAAAGCUGAAACAGAUGCAGAAGCGGCAGCCGCGAUUCACUGAGGAGCAGAAGAAGGAGCUGGCCGAAGUGCACUCCUGGGUCCAGAAGGGGAUCUUGCCCAAACCGAUCAACAUCACGGCCUGCAUAGAUUGUGGAAGCAACCUGGCCUCCAGCGUCACCCCUCUCUACGAUGUCGAGGUCCAAGACAUGGACUUGAACGGCAUGUUGGAGCCGAUGGAGGAGGGCAGCGGAGGGCAGGUGUGCUUGCCGUCCUUGCCCCCAGAAAUGGCCAUGGAGGAAGAGGAGGCUGGAGUGCAGGUGGGGCAGCAGCCGCCCCCACCUCAGGCAGAGGCCGCGGUGCAGGACUCGCGCUAAGUGCUCAGCCGCCAGACCGUAGACUCCUGUUUCCCACAGCUGGGAUUGCUUCACCUCGCCCUGGGCAGGAAUCCUGCCAAGCAGUGGGGCCCAGGGGCAGACAGUUGCUCCGUCCGCAGGAGGGAACACUGCAGAACUGUUGAGCCCAAACACCAGCUGCUUCUGGGGUGGCGCUCCGGACAGGCCUCCAGGGAUACAGGAUGUCCCUCUGGACCUUUAUCCUCUUUGGAUGGACCAGCCACCCUUAACCCUUGCUGCCUUACUGUGGAUUUGGACCCGGACAGCCCAGGACAUUACUGGGCAGGGGGACCCAGUUUUUAAUGUAUUUAUUUUUGCAGAAUUGUCUGUUGUUGUUAUUAUGUGUGUUUUUUACUGAUUUGCUGCCGUGCUCUUGAAGGGGCACUGAAAAUAAUAAAAGAAAAAGAAAAAAAGGAAAGAGAAAAAAGGCUGGUCUACAGAGAAUGAUGUUGACACCCCCUUGAUCUGGUUCCCCCUCCCUUUUUGAUGCCCCCACUCUUCUUUCCGAGAUCUCCCUGGAGAGGGGAAGGGAGGCUUUCAUCUGAGCAUCCUUCAACAACUCCCUUAUGGGAGCACCCAAACUGGACCCCAGACUUGGAGGCAGUUGAAAGACAGCAGCAGCAACUGUGUGAAAGGGCCCUAAAAUGUUUCCUUGGCCCACCCCACCCCCGGAGGGGAAGGUGCUGCUACAGCAUCUCCCCCCCCCCUUUCCAUCCCCUGCCUCUUAAAAGCCAGGCUGCUCCGCUUCUCCACAUGCAGCACAUUUUGACUGCUGGAAGAAGCAGGUGGGCCCUCGAGCAUCCUGCUGCACAUUCCCUCACGUGAUCUUUGCAACCUUGCCAGCCCCAAUACCUGCAGGGGGACAUCCUUUCAGCUGUGUAAAAAUCUCAAGGAACACGCCCCUUUUUCUGGCUGGCAACUUGGAAAUUGCCCAAGAUCCUGGGUCCACCUGUUCAGAGUUCUCAAGACGGCCUCUCACUCUUCCCACCUCCAUGCUAUUUAUUGAACUUAUUUAUAUAUCCCUUUGUUUCGAGAGGAAAACGGAGGGUUGCCUUUCCUCUAUGCAGGGGAGAAAGUUGGGCUCAACUAGAGGGCAGUUUUGGAUCAUGUCUCUGGAUGUUCAGGGGUGGAAAACCAUCUGCUUAAGCCUGGGUGUGUUCUUUGAGGGGAUGACACUUCAUUCCCCACCCCCCCUCCCAUUACGCUCCGUCAGGGAAGUUGCUUGCUGCUUCUGACAACAUGAAGCCUUUUUUUGCUUUCUGUUCCUAAACGUGUUUUAGCUGCUCUUGAAAUGUUCCAUCUUUUACAUGCCUGUUGCACGCUGGUUGUGUUGCAUCUAGGAAGAAGGGGGGAAUCCCCAAUGCAGCAGAGGAGUUGUCAAGUGAUUCCUGCAUAUGGCAAAGCCUUGCUGAGGCGUCCCCUGUUCAGGAUUCAAAAGAGGCAACUCUCUGUGAGCUGAGAACUUUGAAACAAAAAACCAUACCCCCUUAUUUGAAAGGCAACACUUCCCAUAUUUGCUGAAUCAGAUUUGCUGCAGGACCCCCGCCUGCCUGCCUGUCUGCCUCUUGGGGACCACUGUAAUUCUUUAUGUGGUGCCUCUACUUAACAAUCCCAUCAAUGGGUGAGAAGAUGAAAACUUUCAUUUUAUCUUUGAUUGCAGAGCCCCUGCCCAGUCCAGGAAGUUAACUGGAUUCUUGUUAGGAUAGCCAAAGGGUCUUUUAAGCUGCAAUCCUAUACCUGCAUAUCUAGGACUAAAUCCUACUGUGAACACAUUGCAGCUUAUAUCUGAAUAGACGUGCAUUGUAAGCUAUAUAAGAUGAAUGCCAGCAAGUAUUUCACAUUACCAAUUCUUUCAAAAAUAACUUUAAAAAGGCAAUCAAUUAUUGCUCCUACGCACACUUGGUGAGGACUAUAGUGUCUGUUUUGGGAUCACUCCGGGUGGAUCUGGAAGGACAUGGAAAUUACUUUUUGUCCCUCAAAAGUUUGACUUUCUAGCUUCUAUGCUGUAAAUCCCUUCCCUGUGUGCUUUAUUCCUGGCGAGCUUGGUGACUGUAAGAGCCACUUCUGUUGACCCUCAGUCUGCAGAUGGUUUCUUUCUCUCCUGUCAGGAAAUCCUCCUGGUCUAAGCAUCUUAGGACACCUAAAAACAGUCUGUAUUUUGUGACGCAUGAGUGAUUCAACGGGCAAUGGAUGUGAGCCAUUUUUCCUCUCUCCAGUAGGCUAUGGCUGUCUUUUUGUAGUGAUAAGAGACAACACAUUACCAGACUAAUGUCUGUAAAUGUUACAUACACACACAACCACCACCACCAAAAGUAGGUAUUGUAGAAGAUCAGCAUUUUUCCAUGGAGCAUCAAAUUAACUCCAUAUCCUAGGUCCUUUUUCUGGGCCUUGGGAAAUUGGCAGAGUGUUUACUUUUACUUUGCACAAAAUCUGUUCAAUGUGGAUUAUUUGGCAAGACCAGCCGUCCUAGUGUGCCCUGGUUUAGACACCAAAACACGCAAGGGUGGACCCUGCAAAGUACCCUGCAACACUGGCUGUGUUGGUCCUUUCAGAUUUUGUUUCUUGAAAUGUGAACUCUAAAGCUCUUCAAAUUUAAGUCAGUAGUCCAUGGCUUAUGUAUUUUUUUAAAAAAUCAGACCACUUCAGGAUUGCAGUCAUGCUACUUCAAUGAUGAACAUUUAUUCACAGUUUGCAUCUGAUUUUCAUUCUGCAUCUCUCUCUGACCAGUCUGAGAGGAGAGAGCCUCAAAGCCUCUGAUCUUCCUUGCUAGAAAUGACAGUUUUGCCUUUUACUUAAUACAUUUCUUGACUGUGUUAACGGGCAGACGUUUAGCAAGUCUAAAAGUUCAGAGGGGCACCAAAAAAGUAAGGGGAGGAUUUUUUCUAUAAUAAAUUUAUUUUUGUAAAAGAAAAUUAGGGGGGCCAGGAGAGCUGGGGGGGGGCUGGGCCCCCUUAGCCUGCCUGGCUACAAGUCUGCCAAUAGGAAACCUACAUCUUGUAUGAUCUAAAUUCUCUCUAAUGAAAAAAAAAAGCCAACUCUUUUGUUACAGUACAUGGGUUUGGGGCUGAUAGCUUUAUAUUUUCACCCCCUUUUUGUGAGGAUUGGGAAUACUGGUACAUGUGCCUUGGAGCAUGUUGCAAAGGGAACAUUGUUUUUAAAGCUUUCUUGAUUUUGUAUGGUACCUCUAUCAUUUCCUUCUUUUCUUGCCUCUGGAUUGCUGGGAGAAUAUGACCCUAAUGGGAGUUUGGCUCAAUGCUUGAAGGACACUGAAUGUCCCUGUCCUCACUCACCACUGGACAAAAGCAUCUCUUGGAGAAAUAGUACAAUAUCCAGGGGAGGGACAUUUUGCACAGAGCUGUGACACUCGGGACCAUAAAUCUACUUAUCACCCUUCUGUUCCCAAAGAACACCCAUUUUGUUCGCACAUGCCAACGAGAUGGUGCAGGAAGUGGGCGGUGGUGGAAAGACCCCAAGAGAAAUGUUACUACCUAUAUUUUUUCCUUUGUUGACAAGAGAUUUUAUUUUUGUACAAAAAGUUCCCCACCCUCCCUUGCUUUUGAGGGGCACGUACGAGUUUGUGUGUAAAUCUCUUUGCCAUUGGUUUGUGGUGCAAUAUCUGAUUCUGUACUGAAAUAAAGGCGCUUUUUGUCUUUCC